ACUUAGAAUUUGAUGAUGAUAAUUUUAAAAUUUUAAAAAAACAAAACAUUACAAAACAACAUUUCCUUAAGUUAAAUGUAGAUAAACUAAUGCAAGAUGGUCUAAAACAAGAAUCAGCUAAAGAAAUUACAGAGUUUAUUGAUAAAAUUAAGGAUGAAGAACAGAAUAA